AUGACAUCCAUUCGACCCAUAGUGAUCGUAGGAGCAGGUCCCUCCGGUCUACUUUUGGCCAAAUACCUCGAACAGAACCAUGUCCCAGUGGUAGUGUACGAAUCUGAUCCUCAUGCCGAUUAUCGUCCUCAGGGAGGUACACUUGAUCUCCACGAGGAUACCGGACUACUAGCCCUGAAGGAGACGGGCCUACUGGGAGAAGCGAGGGGGAUGAUGAGAUCCGAAGGUGAAGCUAUGAAAGUGGUUGAUAAGACUGGGAAAAUAUGGUUGGACGAGAACGUCCAAGAGGACCGGGAGGAACGAGCGACAGAUGAACUCAAAGAGAUUGGUGAGCAGGGUGUGAUUAGGGGCAGACCCGAGAUUGAUAGGACCGACCUCCGUAAUCUACUCAUCCGGUCGCUUUCCCCUUCAACCGUAGAAUGGGACCACAAGAUCGACUCAAUCAUACCCCUCUCCCAAUCAUCCUACCAGCUCAGCUUUGUCGACAAACCAUCGAUCACAACCCCUUACCUUGUUGGAGCAGAUGGGGCUUUCUCCCUAGUUCGUCCACUACUACAUGACAUCCAGCCUCAGUACUCGGGUAUAUCAAUGUACGAGCUUGACAUACCUCAGUCGAACCUCACAUCUCACUUGGAAGGAUAUAUAGGUAAGGGUGCAUUGAUGAUGCUAGAUGAAGGGAAAGCAAUGAUGCCUCAGAUGAACUCUGGAAGGAGAUGUAAAGUCUAUUUGGCAUUGAAAGUACCCAUCGAUUGGCAAAAGCUACAUCCCCUGCCUGAAGAUAGCAAGCGAGAGUGGCUAUGUGGACUAUUUGAGGGGUGGACGGAGGAGGUGAAAGAGAUUAUAAUGGCAUCUGAAGAAGGGAGUAUAAAGCAGAGGAAGAUAUAUCAGUUUGAUCCUGAGUUGAGCUGGAAGACUGAUAAGACGGGAGUGACUGUAAUGGGCGAUGCAGCUCAUGUAAUGUCUCCAUUUGCGGGAGAGGGUGUCAAUCAAGCAUUAGCAGACGCGUUACUCGGUCAAACUCUCGUACCACUCUUCGCCACUUCUGCCUCAAACACCUCGCAUGGGCAGGUCGCCCCUACAUCCCAGGAACUGAAUGAAGCCUUGAGAACAUUCGAAAGUCAAAUGAUGGACCGAGCGAAGGUAGAAAUGCAAGGAUCGAAAGAUAAUAUGGAUAUGUUUUUCGGGGAAGAACCUGCCAGACAUCUUGCGGAGAUGUUGAGUUCGUUUGGGCAUGAGGGACCGGCUUCGGGGGUGAUGGGAAAUUGA